AUUUAUGAAAAUAAAAAUGAAGCGGGAACUGUCAAAGAGAGCGUCAAUGGAGCGUCAUUCAGCAUUCUCGAAUUCCAUUCCAUUUAUUUAGGUCGUGCGUAUUUAUCUCCAUUUUUUGGAAAAUAGAGAUUUUGGUGAUUUCACAGGAUUUUAUUUAAAGAUCCAAAUUAACAACAAUGAGUGUCGAGGAGGAAGUAAUGAAAAUUCAAAAAAAAUUGAGCAAAAUGACAUCAGAUGAUGGCAGUGGACAAGAACAGGCUUUGGACCUUCUUAAGGAACUACAAAGUCUAAAUGUAAACCUAGACGUUUUAACAAAAACAAGAAUUGGUAUGACUGUAAAUGCUCUUCGUAAAUCAAGCAAAGACGAUGAAGUAAUUACUUUGGCUAAAGUGUUAAUUAAGAACUGGAAGAAGUUUAUAUCUAAUUCAGAAAGUAAUAAAUCGUCUUCUUCCUCUGAUAGUAAAGAAAGUAAAAAGGUGAAAAAGGAAGAAAAACCUAAAAAGGAAGAAAAGGAACGAGAAAAAGAUAGAAAGUUACCGAGUUCUUUUCCUCCAAGUUCAAACACAACUGAUUCUGUAAGAUUAAAAUGUAGAGAAAUGUUGGCUUCUGCUAUAAAGACAAAUUCUAAGGAAGACGAUUUUGAAGGUUGUGCUAGUGCGGACGAACUUGCACAAGAAUUAGAGGAAGCUAUAUUCGCUGAAUUCAAAAAUACAGAUAUGAGAUACAAAAACAGAAUCAGAUCUAGACUUGCUAACUUAAAAGAUCCUAAAAAUCCAACUCUAAGAACCAAUUUUAGAAUCGGCGCUAUUGGAGCGACUAGAUUGGCAACAAUGUCCGCCGAGGAAAUGGCAAAUGACGAUAUGAAACAGUUGAGAGACAAAUUCAACAAAGAAGCUAUAAACGAUGCACAAUUGGCUACUGCCCAGGGCACUAAAACAGACAUGCUGAAAUGUGGCAAAUGCAAGAAACGCAACUGCACCUAUAAUCAACUUCAAACAAGAUCGUCCGACGAACCAAUGACAACGUUUGUGUUAUGCAACGAGUGCGGCAACAGAUGGAAGUUUUGCUAAGUAUUUGGAAAUAUGUACAAUACAAGAAGAAAAACUUAAAUAUUUCAUUAAGAAUAUUUCUUUGUGAUGACAUGUCUCUUAAGGGCAUUUACAAUGAAUGGUUUUGACAGGCUUGCCUUGCAAAAAAAUUGUGGACAUGCAAAAAUUUUUGCUCUUUUAUUUUAAAUUUUCUAAAAAUGACUAAAUUGGUAAACAAAUUUCUUAUUCGACGUAUUUUAAAUACAAUAUGAUCAAGUGGGCUUUGUAUGGUGACAGAUAAAAAUCUAGAAAAUUACAAAAAAAUGUUUUUAACUGAUUAAAUUCAAAAUCCACUUCAUAAAACUUUUUAAAAGGUCAUAUUUAUUUACAUUAACUUUCUUCGGUUUUUUGUUAACGAUUCUGAAGUAUCCUAGAACUCUACAGCGCAUGCGAAGAUGAAAACAUUUCCACAUAUUUGCUUCUGAGCAUGCGUAUCACAGUUCUAGGACGGUUCACAAUCGGUAAUAAGAAAACCCAAAGUAAGUUAAUAUAUUAUUUAGGGCAAUGUGUAACAUAUGAAUGGUAAAAGUAUCCUAUAAUUUUUUGGGAUUUUGGAUUAUGGAAGCUGUUAAAAUAUUCUGAUUAAUAACAUUAUUAACAAUCCAUUAAUAGACGCUCUAUCACAAAAGUCGGACCUAAAAUAUUGUUAAUUUAAUUAGAAUUCUCACAGUCUUGCUUCUGUUCACUGUUUCGGUACACUACACAUACCCAUUAUUUAGUUAUUAGUUAUAUUUCGAAAUAAUAAUUUUCUUUAUUUGAUUGUUUAGCCUGUUCAGUAACAUUUUCAAAAUAAUUCUUUAUUGUGCAGAUUUGAUAUUUUAUUCAAACAUUAUUGGUUUUUGUGUGUACUAUUUUUUCAUAAUUAAAUUGUAUGAUCUUAAUUUA